ACAUUAAAUUUACAUCCAAAAUUUUUUAUACUAUAAUUUAGUGGAUAAUUAUAAUAACAAUAAAAAAACACAAACAAUGAUGACAGAUAUGGAAGAGGCAGAAGCAAGAGAACUUCAAUUACAAAUUGAGAAACGCGAUAGCAAAGAAGUUGAAUUUGACUUCAAAGUAGCUGUGAAGAAAUUAGCAGAAGGGUUUUUAAAUCAAUAUCAAGAACAGUGGGAACAAACUGAGAAAAAACUUGAUGAAGUAAAAAAUAAGCAAGAGACUUUGCUCGAUCAGAUGCAAACUGAGAACAAAAAACUUCAAAAUGUUUUUGAUGAUGUUAAACUAAAUGAAACGUUUCAGAUGAUUAAAGUUAGUCAAGGUAAAUUAAUAUUAAUGAAAAAAGAAAUGGCUUCCAUUCAUGAGAGGACAUUCAGAUUAAAAAAACGAGCGUCAAGGUUGCAGCAGAUAAUACAGAAGGAGGCCUUAAAUAGAGAGCAACAACGAGAGCAAGAACUUCGUCGGGAACAAGAAUUAAUUGGUAAACCAGUGAUAAGUUAAGAAAAACCAUUAUCUAGGGAGAUAAUUAAUAUCGGCAAAGACACAUAGACAUAUAAGGACAGAUUGUACUUAUACACACAUCAUGUUAAAAUGUGUGUCUAAACUUAGUCAUUGAUUUUAUUGUGUAAUAUAACUUAUACAUACAUAUUUUUAUACAUUACCAAACAAUUUCCCAUUGUCCAUUAGAGUCACAUUUCUCAGUACCUUUACAUAAAUAAUUAAAUGUUGUUCUAGUAGGAAAACCAAUGAUUUCCCUAUCUUCUUGUAUUCUAAAUGUGUAUGUCGAUUCAUAUGUUCCUAUAAAAUAUCUACAAAAGGAUGCAAAUAAUACAUUAUUUCUAUUCAUAAUAUAAAACAUGAGAUAUAUUAUUGUUAAUUCUUACCUAGCAUGGGAACUAAUUAUUUGGUCAAUAAUUGCAACCCCGCCGUCUUUAAAUUUACUUAAGACGUAAUCUGAUGAAAUAAAUCUAAGAACUGUAUAAUUAGAUAGGUACUGUUUGAGUUCACUGAAUUCUAAACAAAUUUAUAUAAUUAAUAGAUGUGCCCAUGUAUUAAUCUCUUAAGGAAGUUUCGGUAUGAUUUACCUUCUUGUGUUGCAUCUGUAGCAACAAACAAAGAUUUUAAUUGUAGUUCGUCCAAUUUAUUUUUUAACUGAGAAGCAGCAGAUUGUAUUGUUGGCACUGUUGAAGGGCGACCAAUUAAAAAAUCGCGUCUUCUUAAAUGGACUGAUAAAUAAGGUCCUCCAACUGCAUUCCUUAUACCCUAUAAUUAGAAAAAGGUUGUAUUUUAUAAUUUAAAUCUUUUUAUUAACUUAAGUGAAAUUAGAUACUUUUUCUUUAGUCCAGUCAUCUGGUCGUUCAGUGUUAUCAUAUUCAUUUGUUGAAUUAAGGAAAGUUUUUCUAUAUUCAUUAGCAAUAUUAUAUAAUUCAGAAUUAUAUCGCAUACUACGUCUAGCUUUCCAAUAUUCUUUUGUACCAUAAAAGUCAUGUAAUGCAAUCUCCAUGUGAUCAAACAUUAUAGAUCUAUCGUAAUAAUUAAAUUAGUUGUAAAAGA